UGAAUCGAAAUUUGUUAGUUAAAAGACGAACGCGUUGCGGCAUGGACACGGAUGAGAAGAAGGCGACCGCAACGGCGCCGCAGAGCGGUCACGACGAGAUCGAUUUUUCCAGCGGCUUCGAGACACAAUAUCAAAAGGAAUAUAGUCCACUGAGACCGAAAUAUGUGCCACCGCCGGAUAAACGCAAUGCCUGGUAUCGCAGCGCCUCCAGCAUCAUGAUGAUCGUCUUUCUGGCCAUCGUCUUUAUACUGGGCACCGUGAUGCUGGUGGUAAUGGUGUUCACCGCCAGUCCACUGCAGGUGUUACUCAUUGUGCUCGCCUAUGUGGUUAUAGCAGCGCUGAUGAUCUGGAUCGAAGUGAACAGCAUCAAGGUGCGGUGAUUCAACGUAUGCCACGUACGCCCACGCUCAGCGCCAAUGCAACGAGCAUUUCUGUAUCUGAAUCUGUGUGUGUGUCUGUUUCAGUGGCAAAUUUCUCUGUUCCUAAGUGUUCUUGAAAAUUAUCAUACAAAAAAAACAAAAGAAAUACGAAAAGACUUUUGCUGAUUGUAGCAUUCUAUAGUUAAUACUGAUAGCAACUAACUUUUAAAUAAAAACUAAUAAAAUUCCAAUAAAUUAUCAAAGAAAAAACAUUGGACUUUCGUUACGUAGUUCUCUUCCUCCUGGCCAAAUAUAUAACUAAAAAUUAUUAGUAUUUCUUUGAAGCUACCACUAAUA